AUGAUUGGUUCUAUGUCUCAAGAUUCAUUAAUUAAUGAUGAACAAGAUCAUAAUGAAAAACUUCAACAAACCUCUUCAAUAAUAAUAAUGAAUUCGAGAAUGAAUAGUGCACGAUCUGUUAAUCUUGAUGAACAUAUUAAAUUAGUAAAACAAAAAAAAGAAGAAGCCGAAGUAUUACGUUUACAACGAUUUCAAGAACAGAUGCGAAAAAAAGAACAAAAAUGGCAACAACAGCAUUUAGAAAAAGUGAAAAAGUGGUUAGAAUUACGUAAUCGUGAUAUUGAUCAUCGAUCACAAGUUGAAGAAAGACGAAAAAAACGUGAAGAACAAACUAAAGUUAAAAUUGAAGAAAUACUACGUCGAGAAAAAGAACGGCAACAAAGAAGUAAUUCACAAAUAAAAGUCAAUCAAAGAGGAAAUGUUUCGCAUAGGCCUGAUUCUAUUAUGAGUAUGUCUGCAGAUAUAGUUUCAACUCGACGAGCUAUAUCAGCACCACGUAUACGUACAAAUCAACACGAUAUGACAAAUCGACGAAGAUCAAACGAUUCUCCAAUCCCUACAAUAUCGCAAGAUAAUAGUGAUAAUUCAACUACUGUCAUCAGUUCUCAUCAACUUAAUCCGAUUGAUGAACAUCGAUAUCAUCAUCGAUCGCGUCAUUCAUAUGAUGCAACAAUGACAAAUGAAGAUAAUUCAUUGUCAGGUACAUCUCGUACAGUAGCACAUAGUCGAACACGACCGAUGCCAACGUCAUAUACAUAUUGGUUAAAUACCGGUGACAAUAAUAAUAAUAAUAUAAAUGCAAAUUUUAUGCGUUCAACAUAUGCGGCUACGUGUCGAUCGCGUCUUAGUCGUAGUGUUGAACGGUGUCCUCGAGCUUGUAGAGUUCGAGAUGAUUUAACAAAUAAUACAACAACGAUAAACGGUGAAUCACAACAUCGAAUACAAAGUAUUAAUCGACAACAUUUAAAUGAAACUAUUCUUAGACUUUCGAAACCAAAAACUACUCCAAUAACUCAAUCAAUUCAUAGUGGUACAACAACAGCAUCAACAUCACCAACAAUAAAUAGUAUGUCCGUAUCACAAACCGGUCAUCAAUUUCGCGUAUCUACUCCACCUACGACUACAAGUAAUCUUUCAACUCCAACAUCAAUUUCUUCUAAAAUUCGAAGAAGUACUCAUUCUCGUCCAACUACUGCUUCAUCUCAUCAAAGUUCGUUAAAUAAUGAUUCUCGAGCAUCACCAACUGUUGAAUCAACAUCUGAACAUCAUCAAAUUUCAUCAUCAAUUAGACAAUCAUCACAGCGUACUGGUACUCAUCCAAAAGUUUCAUUAUCAUCUUCAUCAAAACCUCCUACGUCUUUAUCUUCUUCUCGUUCAAAACAACCUAUGCAACGCUCUCUAAUGACUACAUCACAUUCAUCAUCUUCAAUUUCAUCGGCGACGACGAUGACAACACCACCAACAACAACAAAUAAAAAAAAUAUACGUCGUAUUAGUGGUGUACCACCAUCAAAACAAAAACCUAAAACAGAACCAAUCUCAUCUAUAGAAACACCUGAUAAUGAAACAUUAAGUAAAGAUAAUGAAAUAUUAACCAAAGAUAAUGAAAUAUUAACCAAAGAUAAUAAUGAAGAAAAUUUACCAGUAAGUGAAGAUACUCAAGAAAAAGAACAAGAAAAAGAAAAAGAAGAAGAAGAUGAUGAAGAAGAGCAACAACAAAUAUCUACUGAAAUUGAAUCAACAACUUCUGUUAUUGAACCAAUUAGUAUUGAUACAGUUACUGAAAUAAUUAAUCCAACAACAACAACAACAACAACACCAUCAAAACGUGAACAACAAAUUAUUGAUGAACAAGAAUAUCAACGUAAGUUAAAUCAAAAAAUUCGUGAAGCUCAACAACGUAUGGAACUUGAACGUCAACGUGAAGAAGAACGACAACGUCAAUUAGAAUUAGAAGAAUAUGAACGUGAACAAGAACAAAUUCGUCUUGUUGAAGAACAACGUCUUGCUGAAAAAGAACGUUUACAACGUGCUAUUGAAGAACGUGAACGUGAAAAUGAAUUAAAACGUCUUGAAGAACAACGUUUACAACAACAACGUGAAGAAUUAGAAAGAAAACAAGCUGAAGAAACUGAACGUCUUAAUCGUGAAAGACAAGAACGAGCAAAAAAAGAAGAAGAAGAAAGAAAUGAAAGAAAAAGACGUUUAGAUUUAAUUAUGAGACGUACAAGACAAGAUUCACCAAGUUUAAAACCGGAAAAUAAUAUUAGUAAAACUAAUAUUGAUGAAACAAACGGACAUGAUACACAAGAAUCAUCAAUGUCUCAUUCCAUUUCUGAUAAUCGUUUGCCAAUUCCAGUAUCAAAUGACAAUUUACUAAAUAAUAAUGAUUCAACAACACCUGAAACAUCGAAAUUUAAAUCUCCAUUAAUACAAAGUCUUCUUAAUAAAGCUCGAAAUACAAAAUCAACAGAUAAUCUUAUACAAUCGAAUAUGACAACAUCACAAAUAAUGAAUGAAAGUAUGGUUGAUGAAGAAACAAUAACAAUUGAAUCAACAACUCAAAGUGAUUUAUCAGACAAUGAUGAGAAUGAUGAUGAUCAACAAGAUUCAGAAAUAAAUAAUAUUACUAAUGGUCAUGGUGGUUCACCUUUAUCUUCUUCUACAAAUCUUAAUUCUUCUCAUGAUCGUCCAAUUGAAACAGCAACUACUUUUCAAUAA